GAGCAAUAUGGCGGACUUGUUGAUGAUUCAAUGAAAUUACUUUGUCGAAAGUAAACAGAAGAUUUUGUGUUAGUCGUUCUGUUUUGGAUCUGCAAACAUGUCUUGUCAGCUGUGUGUGUUAUCAAGGUUUCAGAAUAUUUCAUCUGUGAAGAAAUUUUUCUUCCCAGCUUCAAGGGAUUCGACUCCAGAUAUCGCCCAGUCAAACGAAGGUGAUGAGAAUUGGGAGGCUGACUGGGGAUGGAAUGAGGAUGCAAACGAGAGUGUUGAAACGGUAGAAUCUACCGAUCAACCUGAUAAUGGCAAACAGAAAUGGUUUCAGGAAUGCAUCUUGUCGCUGUCACCUACAAAUGAUAUGGUUGCCAUUGCACAUGAGGACAAGAUUGUUGUCCUAGCUCAAAAAUGGGAUCCCAAGCAUAAAGGCGAAGAUAUUGAAAGCAAAUUUUCUAUACAAUGGCAAAGUAGCCUGAAGCAGGACGAGAGUGAAACCAUAACAGCACUCAUGUGCCUGCCCUUAGCUUCACAGAAAAGGAGCACUCAAGGUGGGCCUGACUGGACGUGUGUGAUAGUGGGAUUCUCCUCCGGAUACAUUCGCAUGUACACAGAGACUGGUGUGUUGCUGCUAUCUCAACUCCUCCAUGCUGAAGCUGUCCAGAAACUCAAGUGUCGUACCUACGAACCGCCCCGAUUCCUUGGCAUGUCUGAGCUGCAUGAAGAGCUGGUGAUUCUGUACAAGAGAGCCGUGGUGUCGAUCGAUGGCUUCAGCCUGUUUCAGUCUCUCAGAGCCUGCAGGAACCAGGUGGCCAGAGCGACUGCGAGCGGCAGUGAGACCAUGCUGCAGCCUCCUCCCUUGGCCUACAAGAAGUGGGCGUUACAAGACCAGGACAAGAUCAACGACCUUGUCAGCAGCGGUGUGCAGUCUUCUAACCCAUUUGAUCAGAUGAAGACAGCCUCCCUCCUCGGGGGGUUCAGCGCUACGGUGAAGACGUCGCCCCCAGCUGCCAGCAUCUACCUCACUGCAGGCGUGGGGCCCUACGUGGGCUUCUUCCAUGCCAUGGAGGGCAGUACACAACCCAUCCUGUCUGAUGUGGCCAUGGCUGUCGCCAACAAGAUAAAGACAGCCUUGAUGUCUGCCGCCAGUGGCUGGCUUGGUUUCGGAGGCAGACAGAAAGAUGAAGCAAAGGACAAAUCUCCCAAAAUAGAACCAGCGACUCCACUCCCAUACAGGUAUGGCUUACCUGACCAGAGGAGGACAGGUGAUAGCUUGUCUCUGUCUCCUAGCUGCAAGUACGCUGCUUUCACAGAUGGGUUUGGUCGUGUGACGCUGGUGGAUGUCGAGAGGGGCAUCGCCAUCAGGAUGUGGAAAGGUUACCGUGAUGCUCAGGUAGGCUGGAUCCAGGUUCGAGAGGACGACGGGUCAGGCAGCAGGAACCGCGACCACUCCCGUGUUGCUCAGUUCCUGGUUAUCUACGCUCCCAGGAGAGGAAUUCUUGAGGUAUGGACGGCAGCCAAUGGACCGCGAGUCGCGGCCUUCAAUGUCAGCAAGUGGUGUCAGCUGGUGUGUCCCAGCUCGGGCAUGAUGGGAUUGAACAACGUCACAAGUCGUGGAGUGAAGUCGCGGGCCUUCCAGUGUGCACUUGUUGACCCUGAAGGCUUUGUGAAGACUCUUGAAGUCCCCUUCCAUUUGGCUCUCAGCGACAAGAGCAGCAAGAGAGCCCGAGACCUUCAUCUGCUGAAGAAACUCAAGGCUAUUCUGAAGGAAAAUGCUGAGUCAACAGACUCCCUGGAGUCGACCAUCAAGGAUCUGAUCCUGGACAUGCGAAUAUCCAACAUCACCAAACAGGCUGUCGAGAGAGUUCUCAGCACGAAGUACUUGUCAUCGACACUGAUGAAGAACGUCCUAAAAGUCUGCAUACAGAAGAUCAGUGGGAAAGCUGAUGCCACUCUGGACAUCGACAGCAAGUUGUUCCUACGGUUCUGCCAGGCCCAGGACAACCUGCUACACACCUACAAGAUGGUGGAGAAGUUCACCUCCCGUGGUGACGUCGCCUCUGGGAGUGCAGAGGAGUCUAACACUGAGAUGGUGGCCAGGUCGCUGGGACUGACGUGGUCGGAGGCACAAGGGGUGGUAGCUCAGCUGGACAAGUUCAGCUCAUCAGCCGACACAGCAGAGCCGCGUGUCAAGUUCAAGGAGCAGGCGAUGGCUGUCAGCACCUUCCUGCAUUGUUUUACAUGUCACCUCCACUGCAGUGACCACGAUUCUAGUCGGCCAGUCACCGUAUCUGUGCAUAAAGGCUUGUCCGAAGACAGGAGACUGGCAUUAGCCCAUCUGUUCUUCCACUCAUGUUGCUGUGGGGAGGCGGCAUCAGGAGACGUGAGCAUCGUGUUGCAGGAUGCCAACCUCCCAGCGGAUCAGAUCAUAGAUCUGCUGCUAGUCUACUGGAUGUCCUCAGACGAGAGAAGCGUAACGUCCUUACCUAAUCUGAUGCACCUUAUAAAAACUGUCACAGCCAUGACAGACAAGAGUGAGGUUCUAGUCGAUCAUAACAUUGCGUCCCCCUGGUGGCAGAAAAUACGAGAUGUGUGCUGCCACUCACAAAACAUACGUGCAGUCUACAUCCUGGCACUUGCAGCUCGAGCUGUUGCCAUGGAUAUAUUUGGCAGUCAAACAAAAGCCAAGGACCCGGAUGCGGACACAGCCAGCUUGAGUUCCGACAAGACGGACAUGUCCGAGUGGGAGUCGCUAGCAGUGGACAUGGAACACUGGAACCUGCUUAUCAAGCAGCUGGAGGAUGUCCUGGCUCUCAGCUUCCUCAUCCACCUCCGACUUCCAGCCAAUGAAAGGUCUCCUUAUGGCCCUAAGCCAACUUUAGACCCAAUCAGAUUGUCUGUCUUGAAACUGUUGGAAGGUGGCAGAGGCUCGAUAUCGGAGGUCGUGGCCCAGUACAUCAUCCGCCUCCAGCUGCAGCCUCAGUCUCUGUACAAACACCUGCUCAGCACCAGCACCGACAGCGACGACGCAGCGAUGGACAUCGAGCCUGCCGCUGAAGCCACAGAGGCUCACGAACAGUCCUGUCUGGAGAAAAUACAAGACCACCUGGCAGAGCUGCGGGUGAGGUUCCCACACAGUCUGGAGAAUGACAUCCUGCUGUCCAACUGCUGCUGGGAGUACGCUGUUCAGUGGAACAAGGACCCGGAGCUGAUUAGUUAUCUCCAGUUGUCCCUGGAAUAUCUGAAGCUGGUCCAGAAUGCUGUUCUCAGACAAGGCCUGUGUAGCAUGAUGUGGCACAUGUAUGUGCUGAAGAGGGUGACGGCAGCGGCGACGCUCAUGGAGAAGGUGGGAAAGGCACCGAAAGAAAGACUUUGUAGGAAGGAUGUUGGUAUGAGUGACGCAACUAUGAUCAGCUUCAUGGAGAAUUUAGCCGACUUGCUGCAGGUCGCAAUGGAUGCCAACUGUGAGGCGAACGAGGUGCCGGUGUUCAACCUAGAGCAGCUGUGGCAGCAGAUCCGAGGGCCCGCGUCCCUGGUGGAGCUGGCCGUGGACCAGAAGGCCACCAACUACCACCUGGUCCGCCACCACUACCACCUCGCUGUCAGCAUGCACGCCGUCAUGCUGUUCAACAUGAAGUCAGUCAAGGUCCUCUCUCUGUUCGAUACAAAGGGACGGAACAGCUUCUUCAAGGAUCUGCACUCCCAUCCUCUGCUGCCAAACCAGAAUGUCGAUUCAGCACUUUCUGUUUCCAGGAGGACGUUUCUGUGCAAGGUGAUAUCAGAGGCCAUUAGUACCCUGGAGAAGAGAGGCGAGGAUACCAGUGUCAGUCCCCGCCGACAACAGAAGACUGUCGCCUUCCGUUGGCCAGUGCUUGCUGUGGACCUGGGGAAGGACUUCGGCCUUGACAUCGACUACCUCAAGCGACACCACGUGUGUCAGCUGUACUCUGCCGGACGCGACAAGCUAGCUGAGGAGGUGCUGCUGACCGUCAAUGACCACGAGCUGAUGGGGUCACACCUGUUGCCGAUAGCGGGUCAGCGAGUGGCCUACUUCCUGUUCCGGUGCGACCAGCCAGGGACGGUGAAGAUCAUGUCGGACAUGUCCCCCUCCCUGUCCACAUGGCUGAAGCAGCUGGACCCCGAGGAGCUGGUCAGCCCUGAUGCCCCCAUGUCCGACACGGCCUUGCUACUAGAACACGUAGCCAAUCAACUGCCGGAAGGUUACUCAGAGUACAAUCUUGCAAUCUCAUUGGUGGAAUUAGUACAAUUGCUGUUAUCCUCAUCGUCAGAGACAGAGUGUUAAGUUUCUAUUGGAGUGUUGGUGGACCUGUGGCUUUUGAUUACGGAAAAACAAUGUGACGUUUUUUCUUAUUUUGCAAAUGACUUGCACCCAUUUUGUGAUUCCUGAAAUGCCUUUCAAAUAUUCAUUGGGGACAUCUCCUUGGCUUCAGAGUGUUACUGAAAAUUAAGAAAGAUGUAUAGAGUGUGAGGCUAGAACAAUUACUUGUUUUACAGAUUUUUACCUCUAUACCACCCAAAAUAUAUUAAAGAACACCCGUUUCUUUCAUAUUACUAUAGUUACUCUGUCAUGCGACUAUAGUAAUAUGAAAGAAUCUGGUGUUCUUUAACUUAUUUUCAAUAUUAUAUUUUGAAAUCACUUUGUUAGUUUAAAUCAAUGAAUUUAUGGCUGAACUGUGUCUGUUAUGAAUUUUUCUUGUGUACGAUAUACACAUACAUCUAUUGGGGGUUCAAAUCUCGGGGGGUGGGUGGGGGCAAGUUCCGUCAUUUUGCUUUCAGUCACAUCUUUGCUGGAGCAAGUAGGAGUGUCAAAGUGUCAGUGUAACUGUGAAGUUAAAAUGGAACGUGUCACAAAUAUUUCAAACACCAUUGGCUGACUUUGAUGUGUCAUACGUACAGUUGUCUCAAAGUAAAAGCUUGGUCUCUGCAUGUACCAUCUUUAUUCCUCAUUUUCGGUUGUGUCAGAUCUCAGAUAACUCGAAAUAUUUAUGUAGGUCCUUUCAACUUCAACACAUCAGUGUUUGUAUUUUUUCAACUGGCUAAAAAGUAACCUGUAGAACAAGUCACUAAAUUGAUCUGGCCUCAUGGUAUGUCAUCAGCAUAUGUAGUCCUGGGUCCACUGGCAUAAAGCAAUCUUAACGCUAAGAUUAUCGUAACUCCCAUACUUUAACAUAGGCUUACAACAGUCUUAGCGCUAAGGGCUUGACCGCACAGGUUGUGUUUGCAGGACUCAGACAGGUCUCACAAUGCUGGUUUGAGACGAAGGUAAAUUUCUUUAUUCUCAUCAUCAGCAAUGGUGGCCAUGUACAAGAUGGCUGUAGUGGGCAUUACUUAUUUCUCCUGAUAGAUAGUCAUCUUUCUGUAUAUUAUUCACAGCAAACAUGCUAAGUGUACAGUUAAUAUUAUCCCCAAACUCCAAACUGAUAGAUAAGUUGCCCUGUGAUUAUGUUUUCUCCAUUUCCAAACUGUUCGCAGUUCCAUAAAUGAAGAAAUCAAAUAAUGGGUUUCUCCUCGGUUUGGUUUGGUUCUUUUUCUAGGACAUAGACUACAAAUUUUCAGUUUUGGUGGCGCAUAGAAGAAUGUCCUGUCAAAAUAUGCUAAAAUCAUGAAAAUCCGAAUGGCAUUUGUCUCCACAGACCUUAUCCGUGCAGUAGUUCAGAAUUUCCUAUUGACUACAAUCUGCAAUGUAUGGCAGAGAAACUACUGAAAAUUAUGUAGAGCAAUGUCCUGACUGUGAGUCAGCUUGCAAAUUUAGCCAUUGGGACCAGAAGGCUCAGCUGAAUAACGACCCUGCAUUAACUCUAAUCUCCACUGAUAAAGAUGCCAAAUGCCAUGCUUGGGCCAGCAGAUUCUACAUCUUGACCCACAUUUGUAGAUGGUCAUGGCGGCUCUGAAUGUUAGUUUGAAGCAGCCAAUAGAUGUAGAAUCUGAUCAUAUGAUCUUCCACCUGCAUUAACGUUGUUAGCUAUAACCAGCUUGUCUUUCAUCAAUGUUCAACUUGUGAUAAUAUAAGAACGAUAGUGUCCUGUUCUUUACAUGUUGUCGUCGUCGUCGGUGUUGUGCAAGCCCUGUAUGUGCCAGACAUAAUCAGCAGCAGGAGGAUAAGAUUUCCACUGUUUUCAUUGGCCGAGAAGUGGUCACAUGUCAUUCAUUAGAUAAUAAAACCGUUAAGGUAUAAUGUGUGUCCCCUCCGUGAUAUUGUGCAAAUAUUAUAGGAAUAUGCCAAAUAAAUAUACUACUCAAAAGAAGUUACCUAAAACAUGAUUUUUUCCAUAUGACUAACUAACCUGUUAUGGCUGGUGGUAUUGCAACAAACAGCCUUCCAAUUGUUGGUGUUCUUUAACUUGUUUUGAGUAGUAUACAUACUGAUAGACAGGCAAUCUCAUUAACGUCAGAUCUUUCACUCUGAUAUGCCAUAGAUACCUCUCUGUGUGAAGCCCUGGGGACACUUCCAUCGGGGGUGGCGUCACAUGAACCCAAGCAAACUUUGACCGUCCAAUCGAAAUGAAGGAUCGAGCCAAUGGUUUUUGAGGCAAUCAGAUGACAGCUUUCCAAAGCAAAUUGGCUUCAUUUCUUUACUGCCUCAAUUUGGAAAUUUCGACAUUAGCAAAUGAAAUGCACACAGAACACAAAUAUACCCUUGAUAGUACAACCUUUGGGUGUAGAUACCAUGGUGCUCAGAAACAGCAGGAUGAGUAAAUUAUCAACAACGGAACAUGGCUUUAUGUAAUUGCAUUUGGAACUCCAUGAUCAUAUUCGUUUUCAAGAUACAGAAAUUAAAUAUGCUUGUCUGAAUGCUUCGUUCACUUGUACCACAAAUUAGAACCUUCACAUGAAGAGAGUCUUAGAGACCUAUUGAGGUGUUCUAUCUUCAAGAAGGGGUAUCAGAGUGAAAGAUGUAAUUUUUAUGACAUUGGUAAGCAGGUAGAAAUACACAAAAGUCUGUACUUGUACAUAAAAUACAUACUUUUAAACUUUGAUAGAGAUAAUAACUUCUGUUAGAUAUAUUUAAAUACACACUUGACAUAUUAUGAGAUUUUUUUUUGUGUAUCAUGGAAAGAAAAAUAUAUCCCCAUCAAAAGUGGAUUAGUACCGGUACAUAUGUACCCGGGCACUUAGGGUAAUGAAUGGGAGUAAGAAACAUGGGAUAGAAACGUGCAAUAUUUGUAUUGAUGGUGAUAAUCAGGAAAAGAUGUAUGUAUAAAGUCCUCUACAUGUUAGAUAUGUUGUGUCUGAUGUUGUCAAGAUACAGUACUAGUGCAUUCUAUAUGUUGGUUGGUUUGUUGGUUUGUUGUUUUACGCUGCAUUCAGCAAUAUUCAAGCUAUAUGACGGCGGUCUGUAAAUAAUCAAGUCUGGACCAGAUAAUCCAGUGAUUGACAUCAUGAGCAUCGAUCCACGCAAUUGGGAUCGAUGACAAGCAUCAACCAAGUCAGCGAGCCUGACCACCCGAUCCCGUUAGUCGCCUUUUACGACAAGCACAGUCGCCUUUUACGGCAAGCAUGGGUUGCUGAAGACCUAUUCUUCCCCGGAAUCUUCACAGGUCGCAUUCAAUAUGUACAAUUGACUUAUAUCUUGAUAUGGAGCCAUUUGUUGUAUCCAUGGUUUGUCAUUCAAGUUGAUACAAAGUUUGACGGUCAAUGGUGAUCUGGUUCCCGUAUGGUUUUAAAAAAUCGUCUCCUGACACUCGGUUGUGUUUACAUUGUCAGUCAUUGUUCGAAACUGAAACACCGCCACCUUGCGGGCUUUUUAUAGUCAGGGUGGGGCUUUAAGGCUUUGCACAGGAAUAACUUGAUCGGUCUGUUCUGUAGUCUCUGAAUGGAUGGUCUCAAGCCUGUGGUCUGUGAAUGAAGCUUUAUUGUGAAAUGUGAUCAAUUUCAUUUUAUUGUAAAGAUGUUGUGAUAAAGUUUAUUCUAUGUGCUUUGUUAUAUGUGUCAUUCUCAUGUAGUGCUUUUGAUUUUUUAAUUCUAUGCAAACUUUAUCUGAUGCUCAUUGUAAAUACACUGGUUUGUCUAUUCUGAAUAAAAUAAGGUGCUUAAUAA